CUGUCUUUUGAAAUUCGCAUCCUCAUCUGUAAUAUUACCCAUGUUACCAUUUGUAGCUAUCAGUCAACAUUUGCGCGAUCUCCGACUUUCUCCUCAUGAACCGCUCUCCCGCGCCCCGUGAUGGUUUGUUAUCCCGGCUAGCCUCCCGUUUGAAGAAGGGAGGCAGAAGGCGGCAAAAGACUUCCACGAUACCUGUACCUGCAACUGCCUCGGGACCUUCCGCAAGCAAAGAUACCACACCUCUGUCUACUGACGCAGAGCCAACUUCAUCGGCGCAUAAUACAGGACUGUUGGAUUUGGCCCCAAUUGCAUUGUCAGCCCUACCAUCAACCAAAGAUGGAAUUGGAACGGCUGCCAUUCCUCCUCCCUCCGACAAAGUAGCUUCUACGGCGGUCUGCUCUGCAACACCACUCAGUCUAUGGGAAGAAGCGUACAAUCAAGCGUACGACCAAGCGGGAGAUGAGCUUAAGGCAUGGCUGGAGAAAAAUGCUUCUGAGCCCAAGACCGAUGACCAUAUCGCUGAGCUUGUCGAGUUGGUUCGCUGUAGUGAAGAGAAACAUCAGAAAGAAGCGGCAAGGUUGACAAUUGGCAACCGUGAGAUCCUAUGGAGGGAUUACGCGGAACGGGUUGUCUCUUCGGUGACAGCGAUCGGAGACAUUGCCAUCAACUUCGCUCCUGCACCUUCUUCAGCCGCCUGGUCUGCAGUCAAGGUGCUUUUGAAUACCAACGUUUCAGAACGCAAGGAUCUUGUAGUCAUCAUGGGAUGUUCAGAAGUCGUCCUGCGCCUUUAUAGGCGUGGCAAAGUGUACGAGAAGGUGUACAUCGCCAACUCCCCAGGGUCUGACAUCUUCGAGGAGCUGGAGCGAAAAAUGAUUGAAGUAUAUAAGUCCUGCUUUGAGUUCCUCGCUUUUGUGGCCACCGAAAUACAGAAAGGAAAUGGGUCACGAUUUCUGGAUGCCCUCUUGGACCCGGGUCGCGGCGAGGAAAGAGUGUCGGAGAUGAAAGACUUUGAGCAACAGCUGGAUUCUACGGCUCAUGCUUGCGAGAUAGAGAUGAACGACGAGAACCGGAAAUUGCUGCAGAGCCUGGAGAGUCCACUUAAACGAGUCGACAAAAAUGUGGUAGAUGUACUACAGAAGCUGGAGAAGAGUGAAAGAGAGGAGGCCAUGAACUACAUCAGCACAAUUCCAGUUGGCGUACAUCAUCAAGAAAAGCUUGAGAAGAGGACAAAAGACACAUGCGAAUGGUUGACAAGCCAUUCUGAGUUUCACAAAUGGGAAGACUCCGCAUGCUCGUCAAUACUGUGGUUACGAGGAGACAGUAGGUUUUAUUACACUACAUCCUUUUUCUUGUGACUAAUCAAUGUUACUUUCGCAGUGGGAACAGGGAAGUCAUUCCUCUCCUCCAAAGUCAUUGAUCGUUAUCGAUAUCUUGGCGACGAUUAGUCUACCAAAGGAGACGAUGAAGGGUUUGCCUACUUCUACUGCGAUAACUCCGACCAGACAAGGAACACAAUUGACAACAUCCUCCGUAGCUAUGUUCGACAGCUUAGCGAGUUGCCUGGUCGUUGUGAGAGCGUUCACAAAGCCGCAUUGAAUCUGUACAACAUCAAGACUCAAAUCCAAAAAGCUAUCAGCAU